AUGUCGAAUCUGUAUGCUCGCGAUGGCAUCUCAACUGUCCAGCCGCCUCUGUCGCAGGCAGUUGGGUAUAUUGUUGUCGUCCUCCUUGGAGUUAUCAUUGCAUUGGUGAUGAUGCUCAUCACGAAAUUGUUGAAACAAACCACCGGAGAGGAUAAUAAAAAGACUGAAAUGUUCAUGACCGCGAACCGGACUGUCCGCACUGGUCUGACUGCAUCGGCCGUGAUAUCGUCCUGGCUAUGGUCCACAUCUCUGCUCGGAUCCUCGUUUGUCGGCUACAACUACGGCGUCGCCGGGCCCUUCUGGUUCGCUGCCGGGUGUAGUCCAAUGAUUGUGUUUUUCGCGCUGCUUGGAAUUUCGUGCAAGCGCAAGAUCCCAGAAGCGCACACCUCGCUGGAGGUGGUUCGGAUUCGCUAUGGACGAACGGCGCAGGUUGUUUUCAUGAUCCUGUGUCUGGUUAACAACAUCUUUGCGUGCGCCAACAUGCUGCUUGGCGCUGCUGCUGUUAUCUCGGCUGUUACUGGAAUCCAUAUCAUUGCGGCCACAUUCCUCCUACCUGUUGGUGUGACGAUCUACACCUUUGUCGGUGGUAUCAAAGCCACCUUCCUCACGGACUAUUUUCACACGGCCUUCAUCCUCAUCAUUGCAUGCUACUUCUCGGUCAAAGCCUUCUCGAUAGACCAGAUUGGCUCGGUGGGUCAUUUAUUCGAUCUUCUGCAGGCCGCAGCGCAGCGCCAUCCUGUUGCUGGGAAUCAGGAUGGGACGUACUUGACCAUGACUUCGAAAGGAGGGAUCCUAUUCGGCAUCCUGCACACCUGCAGUAACUUUGGUCUAGUCAUUAUGGACACCAGCUACUUCAUCAAAGCCUUCUCGGCCUCUCCCGCCGCAGUCGUACCCGGAUACACCAUCGGCGGCAUCGCCUACUUUGCCAUUCCCUGGGGUCUGGGAACGAUAAUGAGCUCCGUGGCGAUUGGGCUGGAGAACGCACCCAACUUCCCGACUUUCCCACGAAGAAUGACCACUUCCGAGGUCAGCAACGGUCUGGUUCUCCCCUACGCGGCUAUCACCAUCGCCGGCAAAGGCGGAGCAGCCGCAGUGCUGCUCAUCACGUUCAUGGCUGUAACCUCGACGCUCUCGGCGCAGGUGAUCGCCGUCAGCUCGAUCCUGAGUUUCGAUGUCUACCGCGAGUAUUUCAAGAAGAGCGCCACGGACCGCGACCUGAUCCGGUCCAGCCACUUUGGCGUGAUUUUCUUUGCGGUCUUCUCGGCUGGGUUCAGUACCAUGCUGCAUUAUGUGGGCAUUGAUCUGGGAUGGACUCUGUACAUGCUGGGCGUGGUAACCUGCCCCGGCAUCUUCCCAAUGGUCUUCACCAUCCUCUGGCGCCGCCAAAGCAAAGCCGCCGCAAUCCUCUCCCCAAUCCUAGGUCUAGCCACCGGUCUCGCCGUCUGGCUGGGCACAGCUGCCCACUGGGGCGGCGAGGUCUCCGUCGCGACAACCGGCGAGAUACUGCCCUGCAUGUACGGCACCGUGGCGUCGUGCUUCUCGCCAAUCGUGUACUCGGUUCUAAUCACGCUGGUCCGGCCGCAGAACUUUGACUGGGCGAGUUUCAAGAAGGAGAGGCUGGCGCUGGAGAAGUUGGAGGAUGAUUUAACUACUGCGCAUCAUGACCAUCCUCCUUCGUUGAAUCACAGCGUUGCCGAAAACUCGCUCGAAGAUGGUGGUGCACGCUCUGCGGCCUUCGAUGCCCAGGAACUCAAGCGCUGGGGUCGCAUUGCGGCGUUUUGGUCUGUGGCCACCUUCCUCGGUCAUUGGGUUCUGUGGCCGUUGCCUAUGUAUGGAUCUCAUUAUGUGUUUGGAAAGAAGUUCUACAUCGCCUGGGUCGUCGUCGCCAUCAUCUGGCUCUGGGGUACCAUGCUGGUUGGAAUAUUCUACCCGCUCUUCGACGGCGGCAUCCAACAAAUCUCCCAAAUCUACCGUGCUUUGAAGGAGCGCAGAACGGUCACAAAUGGUACACCCCAGGGCCAGGAGAAGGGCGAUGCCAGUGCGUCUCCGUCUACGCCGUCUGCGGCAUCAGUUACGGAGACUGUGCAGGCAGACGAGGCCAAGGAUGAGGGCAAGUUGUAA